AUGAGUGACGAAAAUCAGGAUAAAAUAAUACAAGAUAUACGUAUUCAACUACGAAAGGCUGCCACAGAAUUAUCACGAUGGAAGUUAUAUGGCUCCUCGAAGUGGGCAGCUGAAGCACUCGCGGGCCUUGCUGAGACUGUUGAUACUGAACAAGCACAGUCUUUGGCUGAUGAAUCCCCAUUAAGGAAUAAGCAAGGUGUACCGAAGCAAAUAUUUGAAAUACCACAAAAUGGGUUUGGACUAACAGAGUCUGAGUAUGACCUAUACCUCCUUGGUUCUACAUUGUUUGAUGCUAAAGAGUUUGACCGAUGUGUUUUUUUCCUGAAAGAUGUUACUAAUCCGUAUCUUAAGUUUUUGAAAUUAUACAGUAAAUUUCUGUCAUGGGAUAAGAAAAGCCAGGAAAGUAUGGAGAAUAUCUUGACUACAGGGAAGUUUACUGACGGAACAUACAGAGCUGGUAAAGAUGGAGAUGGUAAUGGGAAUGAGGAUGUGAGCCAAAGUGGACAAGAACGCACCAAUUUGAGAAUGGUUAGCAAUGAACAUGAGUCGCACUCGAACAUAUCAUCUAUUUUGAAGGAAAUUAAUAUGUUCCUAGAGUUAUAUGAAGUCAAAAUAGAUGAUGCUGAAGCCGAUUUAGGGCUCGCUCUAUUAUAUUAUUUGCGAGGAAUCAUCUUAAAACAGGAAAAAAACAUAUCUAAAGCAAUGUCAUCAUUACUAAAAUCCCUUAGUUGCUAUUCUUUUAAUUGGUCGUGCUGGUUAGAAUUGAUGGACUGUUUACAGAAGGUCGACGACGCAUUGCUUUUAAAUAACUAUCUAUAUCAAAAUUUCCAAUUCAAAUUUUCUGAUAAUCUUGGUAGUCAGCGAACGAUAGAAUUUAAUAUAAUGAUCAAGUUUUUCAAACUGAAAGUAUUUGAGGAACUAAAUGGCCAGUUAGAAGAUUACUACGAAGAUUUAGAGUUUUUACUUCAAGUCUUCCCCAAUUUCACUUUUCUGAAGGCCUAUAAUGCCACUAUUAGUUACAAUAAUCUGGAUUAUGUUACUGCAGAAAGCCGAUUCGAUGAUAUUGUUAAGCAAGAUCCUUACCGUCUCAACGAUAUGGAAACGUACUCCAAUAUUCUAUAUGUCAUGCAGAAGAAUUCAAAAUUAGCCUAUCUGGCGCAGUUCGUUUCUCAAAUAGAUAGGUUUAGGCCAGAAACAUGCUGUAUCAUAGCCAACUAUUACAGUGCCCGGCAGGAACACGAAAAAUCUAUCAUGUACUUCCGUCGAGCACUAACAUUAGACAAGAAAACCACAAACGCAUGGACAUUAAUGGGUCACGAAUUUGUGGAAUUAAGUAAUUCCCAUGCUGCGAUCGAAUGCUAUCGUCGCGCAGUUGAUAUAUGUCCUAGGGAUUUCAAAGCAUGGUUUGGGUUAGGUCAAGCUUAUGCCCUUCUAGACAUGCACCUAUAUUCUCUUUACUAUUUCCAGAAAGCAUGCACUUUAAAACCUUGGGAUCGUCGGAUUUGGCAAGUAUUGGGAGAAUGUUAUAGUAAAACCGGGAAUAAGCUAGAAGCUAUAAAAUGCUACAAGAGAUCUAUAAAGGCUUCACAAACAGUCGAUCAAAAUACUUCAAUAUACUAUCGGUUGGCACAGCUAUAUGAAGAACUUGAAGACUUGGAAGAGUGUAAAAAAUUUAUGGCGAAAUGUGUGGAUGUGGAGGAACUUCUAGAAGGUAUAGUAACAGAUGAAACCGUCAAGGCAAGGCUUUGGCUUGCUGUGUUUGAGAUUAAAGCCGGAAACUACCAAUUGGCUUACGACUACGCCAUGGGGGUAUCUAAUGGAACGUCUCAAGAGAUUGAAGAAGCCCGUAUGCUUGCUCGAGAGUGCAGAAGGCAUAUGUAG